AGAUAUUUUUGCCAUAAUUUCUUAGCGCGAAGAUAGGGAGAAGAAGUGAACGCAAUCGCGACGCUGCAAGCAUGGAAGUCUCACCGUUCCUCGCGCUGCUGCUCCUUGCCCUUCUCUCCCUCCUGCUCUUCUUCUUCUCCGCCGGCAGGAAAACCUCUCCGUCCUACGCGGGUGGCCGGAGUUUGCCUCCGUCGCCGCCGGGCUUUCCUCUCCUCGGCCACCUGCCGCUUCUUGGAUCCUUGCCCCACCGGGCGCUCCUGUCGCUCGCCGCGUCGCACGGCCCGGUCAUGCUCCUGCGCCUCGGCCGCGUGCCCGCCGUGGUGGUCUCCUCCGCGGAUGCGGCGCGGGAGGCCCUCAAGACCCGCGACCCUGCUUUCGCGAGCCGCUUCCGGUCACGGAUGACCGAGCGCCUUUUCUACGGCUGCGACAUGGCCUUCGCUCCCUACGGCGAGCACUGGCGCCGGGCGCGCCGCGUCUGCGUGCUCCACCUUCUCAGCCAGCGCUGCGUCCUCUCCUUCCGCCGCGUUCGGGAGCAGGAGGCCGCCGCGCUGGUCGGUCGCGUCCGCGCCGCCGCUCGCGACGGCGCCGUGAACCUGAGCGACCUCCUCAUCUCCUACGCCAGCAGCGUCACCAUUCGCGCCGCGUUCGGUGACUGCUCGAGCUAUGGGCUCGGCGGCGGAGGGAAGGUGAGGAAGGUGUUCGACGACUUGGAGGAGAUGCUGGGCUCGGGCACGCUCGGCGAGCUCGUGCCGUGGCUGGCGUGGGUGGACACGCUGACAGGCUUGGACGCCAAGGCGACACGGACGUUCGAGGCGCUAGACGGAUUGCUCGAGCAGGUCAUUGCCGACCACCGUGAGCGGCGCCGUGGCGGCCAGAGAGUGGGAGACGACGGCGGUCAACGGGACUUCGUGGACGUGCUGCUGGAUGUGAACGAGGAGGAGGACGAGGCCGGGGGACUCUGGUUUGACACAGUAACCAUCAAGGCAAUCGUCAUGAAUAUGUUUGUGGGCGGCAUCGAUACAACCUUCGCAUCUCUCGAAUGGGCCAUGGCAGAGCUCAUCAAUCAUCCGGAUGAGAUGCGCAGGCUCCAAGAGGAGAUACGGGCAGCUGUUCGCGAUGAUGACCACAUCAUCGAGGAUCACCUCAAUAAGUUGCACUACCUCAAGCUUGUGAUCAAGGAGACACUCCGUUUACAUCCGCCAGUGCCACUCGUGCCACGGGAGACGGUCGAGGACGCUGAGCUGCUCGGCUACCAUGUUCCGGCACGCACCCGUAUCCUCGUCAACGUCUGGGCCAUCGGGCGGGAACCCACGACGUGGGAGAGGGCGGAGAAGUUCUUGCCGGAGCGGUUCGCAGAGGAUGUUGACAUGGAUCAGUACAUGCUAGGGCAGGACUUCAAAUUGUUGCCGUUUGGUGCCGGGAGGAGAGGGUGCCCCGGAGCCGGGUUUGCCAUGGCAAGUGUUGAGCUGGUGCUGGCGAACCUCUUGUACCACUUCAACUGGAGCCUACCGGGCGGGGCAUCAAUGGUCAACAUGGACGAGCAAGGCGGGUUAGCCGUGCGCCUCAAGAAGACUCUCCAUUUGGUUGCUAUGCCAUGGUGUUCUGAGUAAGACCACCCAUGCUUGCUCUGGACAGAGACCGCAGCAAAAUAGUGGGCCAUCGCUUGGUCCACAGAGGGCUGGAGUACCUUAAGACGUGCUUAGAUUGAGAUGCUGGCUGCACUCGAUCUUCAGUUAAGACCAUAAAGUUUGUACGCAUGAGUUCAUACUCAAGCAUGUAUGUGGUAAUUGCCUGUUGUGCACACACAACUACAGUUCCAAUAAGUAGCAACAAAUAAUACAGUAGUUUUCUUUCUCAUCCUAAUCAUUUUGACCAUUAA